AUGAACACCGCACGAGCAGCUCACACAGCAUCCACAUUAACAAACGAAUAUGUAUUAGUUACUGGUGGAGUGAAGAAUGAUGUUGCUUUGAAUAGUGCUGAAUUAUAUAGUCCAGCAACAGGUACUUGGGCAACUACAGGAAAUGUGAAUGUCGCACGAGCAGCUCACACAGCAUCCAUAUUAGCAAAUGAAUAUGUAUUAGUUACUGGUGGAUGGGACGGUAGUGCUGCUUUGAAUAGUGCUGAAUUGUACAAUCCAUCAACAGGUACUUGGGCAAAUACAGGGAAUAUGAAUACCGCACGAUAUUAUCAUACAGCAUCCACAUUAGAAAAUGGAUAUGUAUUAGUUGCUGGUGGAUGGGACGGUAGUGCUGAAUUAUAUAAUCCAACAACAGGUACUUGGACAAUGACAGGAAGUAUGAAUGUCGCACGAGAAGGCCACACAACAUCUACAUUAGCAAAUGGAUUAGUAUUAGUUGCUGGUGGAUACAACAUCGAUGUUGGUUAUCUUGAUAGUGCUGAAUUGUAUGACCCAUCAACAGGUACUUGGAUAACUACAGCAAACAUGACUGCCCGACGAGAAUUUCACACAGCAUCUAUAUUGGCAAAUGGAUCAGUAUUAGUUACUGGUGGACAUAACCGAUUUGGUAUGCUCAAUAGUGCUGAGCUUUAUUAA